GUCCCUUUCCUCCAUUCUUAAACAACUCUUCUCUCGAAACCAAGAAACAAUUUUUACUACUCAGUGUUUCACCAUUCCAAUUUCCAACCAGAGAGAAAUUAAUAAUCCAAAGAAAAAAAGAUGAAGAAUGGGGGGGCGGCGGCGGAGGUGAGCAUUGAGCUGCCGGAGACGAAGGUGACGGCGGCGGCGGAGAGCGGCCCAAUGAGCGGUCCGUUGGUUGGGGAAAGGGCGGAGAGAAGGAGGAGGAGGAUGGGGGAUGCACAUCAUAAGAAAGGUGACGUCACGCAUGCAGCCGUACGGAUGGUGUGCCUGUUGACCAGCGUGACGGCGGUGUCGGUGAUGACGACGGCGAAGGAGGCUUCCACCAUUUCUCUGUACGGAUUCAGCAUUCCUUUGUACUCCAAUUGGUCUUUCUCUGAUUCCUUCGAGUAUCUGGUCGGAGUUUCGGCCGCUGUGGCGGUUCAUUCGUUGCUUCAACUCCUAAUCACCGUUUCCAGAAUGUUCCGGAAGUCUCCCGUCAUUCCUUCUAGAAACCACGCUUGGCUCCUUUUUGCCGGAGAUCAGAUAUUUGCAUAUGCUAUGAUGAGUGCUGGAUCGGCUGCUUCGGGCGUAACGAACCUAAAUCGAACGGGUAUCCAUCAUUCGGCACUACCCAAUUUCUGCAAACCGUUGCACGUUUUUUGCAAUCGUGUCGCUGUUUCGAUUGCAUUCACUUUCUUCAGCUGCUUCUUGCUGGCUGUAUCUGUUGUUCUUGAUGUUAUUUGGCUGUCCAAGUACUAGGUUUUGAUUUGUCCUAUGUUGUUAUUGUAAACCUAGUAAUUUUGUCUUAAUUAUCUACCAUUUCCAGAUUAAGAAGUAUGAUUAAAUGAUGGAACCUAAUUCACUAAUUGCUACAUUGUUGUUGCUACUUAAUGAUAUAUAUUUAGAUUUUGGGAGGGAAAAUUUUAGUUUUCCGUCCCAAAUUUGUUCCAAUUUCA